AUGCAAGCUGUGAAGCAGCAAACUGCCGCCUCCUCAACCACCUCCCAAGAAGCCAACAGCACGAACAACCGUGCAAUCAUUGGCGCCAUGGCGUCAAGACAGGAGAUCGACGAGGACGACGACAAGACAGUCACACCAGUUGGCCGAUCUCAUCAAGACCUGCCCUCGCAGGCAUCCGCCUCGCCUCCUGCCACCGCAGACGACGAGAACAUCGUGACUAGCAGUUUCCGAUCCCUGCUCAACCUGCCGCCGCCAGACCUCAGCCAACACCCGGCAUUCCAGCCUGACCCACUGAACUCGACGAGCGACGCACCUCUGAUGGUCACUACGUCGACAGUGGCCGAGAUUCAAGCCUGGGCGCAGGAGAGACGACGACGACUCGAAGCAGAGCGCGGCGAUGGAGUCAAGAAUGCAGGUGCGAGCACAGCAAACAACGGCCAGGCUUCUCCCGCAGCAGGUGCGAUGACACCUCGUCGUGGCGUCCGUUUCGCGUCAGCACAGCAUCCCUCUCGUGGAGAGGCGCAGCCAAGCCCUGAACCUCGAGCGUCAGGAGGAUUCUCUCUGCGAAGCAAGUUCUCUCGUCUCCGUCUUGACUCUGACAAUGCCCGGACUUCCAGCAGUGAUGACGCUGCCGAAGAUGCACCAAUGACUUCGCCGACUGCACAGCCCAAGACUCCAGUCGACGGCAACAAGCAAGACACUCUGCCAGCUUCACAUGGAAACGAGCAGAAGAGAACCGGUCUACGAAAGGUCACUGGUAUAUUCAAGUCCAAAACCGACAAGGCGCAGCCUGAUCCGACGUCCCCGCUCCCAGACCGUCGAGAUUAUACUCGACCAAGAGAGGAUUUGGAACGAUAUCUGCGCGUCACCACCAAUUGUCGCUCCUACGAUUACGAUCCCGGACAGCCCUACCCUCGCCAUCCGAAUACUGGACGAGCCUGGCACUCUCGCAACCUGAAAUGCACCAAUUGUGCUGAUUCCCUCUGCGGUGUCUGCGGACGCACCUGCUGCGCUUACAAAGCUGCCUCGGAAGCUCUCGAGAAUCACAAGAACAAUCCGCUGUCUCUUAGGGCUGCGCGAGAUUGCCUCGCCAACAUUUCCAACCUUUUCCCAUUCGGACGCGAGGUUCCAACUUUCCUUCAAUGCACUCAUGGCGGUGGCUGCGGCAAGAUGGUCUGUCCGGACUGCUGCGGGAUGUGUCCGAAUCCGAUCUGUGCCGACAUUCAGUGCCGAAAGUGCAAGAAAGAUCCAUGGUCUGAGUGUGAUUGGCAUGAGCAGAUGGAGACACAUGCUUUGUAA